AUGGAAGAUUCUGAAUAUUCAAACAAUUCUGAUUAUGGAGAAGAUAAUAUUGGACAUGAAUUACAAUCAUUAAUUGAUGAGUUAGGAUUCACAGAUCCUUUAGCUGUGAAUGACUAUAUUAAUAUUGAUGAUAAAGUAUCUGCUGAAGAGGAAUUAUCAUUACAAGAAAUUGUUGAUGUUGUAAAGGGAACAAAUGAAAGGGAAAUUGAAGAGGAAGAGGACAUUGAAAAUGUAAUUAAAUAUAUUCAACAAAAAGAUUUAGAAAUUGGUAAUUUAGAAAUGAAAAAUUUUAAUUAA